AUGGUUCACCGCGCGCUGGUCCUGUUGGGCGAAGCGGUGCAGCGCUCCUCGCGGCUGAGGCCACGUCGGGCUGCCCUCGAGCUCACGGACUCAGCCGCGACCCGCAUCAAGCAGCUGCUUGAGCAAAGACACAAGGAGUUCAUUAAGCUGGGAGUGAAGACGCGGGGAUGCAAUGGGAUGGCGUAUACUCUGAACUAUGCCGACUCCAAGGCGAAAUUCGACGAGCUGGUGGAGGACCCCCGUGGCGUCAAGGUGCUCAUUGACCCAGCUGCCCUCCUCCAUGUCCUGGGCACGAAAAUGGACUAUGUAGAGGACCGAUUACGGUCCGAAUUUGUGUUUGUCAACCCCAAUGCCAAGGGGACAUGCGGGUGUGGCGAAUCAUUCACCACAGACGUCAAGUCUGCCACGGGCUGA